GUGGCUGAGAGUUGUUUCGUUGGGAUUUCGGUUGGAUUUCAUUGAAUGAGUGAUUGAUUUGAUUGAAGAGGUCUGAAGAGGUCUGAAACAUGUCUUCGAAGAGGUCUAAAGCCAAGCGAAACAAAGGCACGACUCUUGAGGAGCACAAUGAGGGCACGACUCUGUUGCCGGGUCGUCGUCCGUGUCUUUGCGAGGCAUCCAAACACCAAUUAGUGGCCAAUUGUCUCAAUUGCGGCCGAAUUGUGUGCGCACAGGAGGGCACCGGUAGUUGUUUCACAUGCGGCCAAACGGUGAUGACUCGUGAGCAGAGACAGGAGCUGAAGAUCCAGCAGAAUAUAAAACAGUUGGCAAUCGACGAGCUAUUGUCUGCCGCAGAGAGCAAACCGAUGGUCAGCACUGGUCUGAAGGACAUCGCCGCCAGUUUUGAAGCGCAUAGGAAUCUGGAGAAAGCGAUCGGACAUAAG